AUGGUGACCUCACAAAGAAAAGGAUAUUCAAUUCAGUGUGACGCUGGAACAAACCACGCAGCAUUAGAUGGCUUUAAUGUAAAUCAAACUGAAAGCACUUUCCAAUAUUAUGAUAACGCUCUUUCACCGUAUCGAAACAAAUUGGUUCAAGUGCCUCGCAUAAGAAAACCUAAAGGAAAGAGACUUGCCUACUAG